AUGGAGAGAAGUCGUUUCCUCUUCUCAACGACGUUGUUGCUGGUGCUCUACAGUUCUAUAUGUCUGGGCACAGUAGGUGCAGCACAAACCAACAUCACCACGGACCAGUUUGCUCUUCUUGCUCUCAAAUCCCAUAUCACUAGUGACCCUCACAACAUCUUGGUCAACUGGUCAACCACCACCUCGGCGUGCAAUUGGGUUGGCGUUUCCUGUGGUGUUCGUCACCUCAGAGUAACAUCAUUGCAUCUCUCGUACAUGGAUUUCACAGGCACCAUUCCACCACACUUAGGCAACCUCUCAUUUCUUGCUGAGCUCCUCUUCACAAACAACAGUUUCCAUGGCACAUUGCCCCAUGAAUUGUCUUAUUUGCGUCGUCUGAAGUUUAUUAACUUAGGAUACAACAAUUUUAUGGGAUAUAUUCCAUCGUGGUUUGGGUCCUUUCCCAAACUUCAAGACUUCAAUUUGUUUGGCAAUCAGUUUUCCAGUUCCAUACCGACGACUAUCUUCAACUUAUCUACACUGCAAGUAAUUGAUCUAAGCAACAACCAAUUAUCAGGUAAGAUACCAAGAGAAAUAGGAAACUUAACAAUUCUGAAGGACCUAGACCUCGACUACAACAAUUUGAACGAAAUUUCAAAAGAGAUCGGCUCUUUAGACCACCUGGAGAAUUUGUAUGUGCAGUUCAAUGCCCUAAAAGGCCAUGUUCCUGCGGCUGUUUUUAACAUGUCUUCUUUGACUACUUUGACUCUAUAUGGAAACAAUUUGAGUGGUGGUCUUCCAGAUAAUAUAUGCCAGAAUCUUCCUAGUAUUCAGGUGGUCAAUUUGGGUCGCAACAAGUUUGAUGGUCCACUUCCAUCCAAAUUCUGGCAAUGUAGACAACUUCUUGUAUUAAAAUUGUCUCAAAACAGUCUCGGUGGAAGCAUACCCAAAAAUAUCUGGAACUUAACCCAGUUAAUGAUGAUUUAUCUUGCCUCCAACAAUUUGACAGGCACUAUACCAGAUGAGAUGGGUGAUCUUCGAAAUUUAGAGGCCUUGUCAAUCCAAGAUAAUAAUAUGAAUGGCCUCAUCCCAUCCUCACUCUUCAAUAUCUCCACCAUAAGAAUAUUAUCGCUUGGUUUUAAUCAUCUCUCGGGUAGCCUCCCAGCAAACAUUGGUCUUGGGGUUCCAAACCUGCAAGUCCUUUCUAUAUCAUCAACUGACCUCAGCGGAGUAAUCCCCCACCUCUCCAAUGCUUCUAUGCUCAGCAUUGUAGACAUGGGCCAAAACUCAUUUACAGGGUUUAUUCCAAGCACCUUAUGUGCCUUAACAAACCUUCAGUGGCUUAACUUAAACAGGAAUAAUUUGACGAUUGAUACUUCCACUCCAGACGCAAGGACUCUCUCUUGUUUGGCUAAACUUGGAAAUUUGACAUCACUAUACUUGCGAGAUAAUCCGUUAAAUGCCACUCUUGAUGAUUCCUUUUGGAAUUUCUCUACGUCGUCACUUAAAAAUAUUGAUUUAAGCGGUUGCAGCAUGAUGGGUAACAUUCCCAUUGGUAUUGGCAACUUGAGCAGCUUGAUAUCCUUAAACCUGGGAGGCAAUCAAUUGAAUGGAUCAAUUCCAACUUCAGUGGGAAGACUGGGGUCUCUCCAAGGUUUGUAUUUGGAUAGAAACAAGUUACAAGGAUACUUCCCAUAUCAACUUUGUCAACUAGUUAACCUAGUUGAAUUACGUUUGGGCAGUAAUCAGCUCUCUGGUUCUAUACCUUCCUGCUUGGGAAAUCUAGCCGCAUCUCUUCGAACUCUAUCACUAGACUCCAAUUCGUUGAGUUUCACAAUACCAUCUACUUUUUGGAGACUUGCCUAUAUCUUGCAUGUAAACUUAUCAUCCAAUUCUCUAAUUGGACCUCUCUCACAUGAUAUUGGGAACUUGAAAGUUGUGAUAGAUGUAGAUUUAUCAAAUAACCAUUUAUCUGGUGUUAUACCAAGCACCAUUGGGGGUCUUCGGGAUUUGGCUACUCUCUCCUUGGCAAAUAAUAAUUUGGAAGGCCCUAUUCCAAGUUCAUUUCACAACUUGCUAAGCCUGAAUCUCUUGAAUUUAUCCAGAAACAAUCUGUCUGGAGUGAUUCCAAGGUCGUUAGAAGCUCUCUUACUUCUCAAGUAUCUGGAUUUGUCUUUCAACAGGCUCCUAGGAGAAAUUCCAACAGGAGGACCGUUCCAAAACUUCUCUGCUCAAUCGUUUGUCUCAAACAGCGCACUCUGUGGUGCACCCCGACUUCAUGUUUCACCAUGCAAAAAUGGUACACAUGAACCGAAUUGGAGGAAAGCUAAAUAUAUCAUCCCAGGGAUCAUAUCAAUAAUUUUCUUAGUGGCCUCCGUCUCUAUCUCUGUAAUACGCAGGAAAAGGAAUGUGGAAGUUGCAGGAGAGGCUAUCUCGUUGCCUCAACUUCUUUGGAGAAGAGUUUCACACCUUGAAAUUCUAAGGGGCACAAAUGGAUUUCACGAAAGCAACUUAUUGGGAAGCGGGGGUUUUGGCUCAGUAUAUAGAGGGACACUUUCAGAUGGAAUAGAUGUUGCUGUAAAAGUUUUCAGUUUACAGCUAGAAGGGGCUUUCAAGAGUUUUGAUAGGGAAUGUGAGAUGCUAAGCAAUAUUCGUCAUCGAAACCUUAUCAAAAUCAUCAGCUGUUGCAGUGAAAUUGAUUUCAAAGCCUUGGUACUGAACUACAUGUCUAAUGGGAGCCUCGAGAAGUUGUUGUACUCUCAAAGCUCUUCUCUGAAUAUAUUGCAGAGGAUGAAUAUAAUGGUAGAUGUUGCACUAGCAUUGGAAUACCUACACCAUGGCUAUUCAAUACCUAUUGUGCACUGUGAUAUGAAGCCAAGCAAUAUAUUAUUAGAUGAUGAUAUGGUUGCACAUGUUGCUGAUUUUGGCAUUGCACGACUCUUGGGUGGAGGAGAUUCUAUCACCCAAACCAUGACCCUAGCCACAGUCGGGUAUAUGGCUCCAGAGUAUGGAAUGGAAGGAAUAGUUUCAACAAGGGGGGAUACGUACAGUUUCGGAAUUGUAAUGAUGGAAACAUUCACAAGAAGGAAACCAACAUAUGAGAUGUUUGUUGGGGAAAUGAAUUUAAAGCAAUGGAUUGCCAACUCACUAUUACCGGAUGCAAUGAUAGAUGAAGUUGUGGAUGCAAAUUUGCUUGGGAUUGAGACAGAGCAGGAAGAUGAUGAUCUUGUGAGGAAGAGGGAUUGCAUAUCAGCCAUUAUGAGAUUAGCUCUUGCUUGUUGUGCAGAAUCACCAAAAGAGAGGAUAAGUAUGACAGAAGCUGUAGCCACACUCAAGAAAAUCAAGACAAAGUUUUUGAAGAACGCUGCUGUCGGAGGAGGUGUGCUGUUAAAUCAUCCUCGUGUUCAGCGCUUUAAUUAA